AAGAUGGCGGUCGCCAGGAGCGUAUUUGGAAAGAAUUUUGCAAGUUCUGUUCGCUGUUUUUGCGGUUUUAGCGUUUUGCCACGGCGAUGUGCAAGUACCGAUGGUACUUUACGACCGAGGAGAUCUUUGCUGUAUAUUCCUGGCAAUGAUGAACGAAAAAUUAAGAAAGCAUCGAGCUUGAAUGCUGAUAUUGUUGUGCUGGACUGUGAGGAUGGUGUGGCACUGAAUCGUAAGAAAGAAGCCAGGGACAUCAUCUCAAAUGUCCUCAAUACAACAUCAUUUGGCUCGAGCGAAGUUGCAGUUAGGAUAAAUUCUGUUGACAGUGAAAAACUAGCGUUGGAAGAUAUGAAUACUUUCAUGCAAGGUCUCACUAUCCCAACAACUCUUCUAGUUCCCAAAGUAGAACAUGUCAAGCAUUUGGAAUGGAUAAAUGAGAAAAUUUUCCCGGUGGCAAAGUCUCUUGAACCAGACGUGAAAAUCUCGCUGAUCAUUUUUAUUGAGUCAGCAAUUGGUUUGUUAAAUCUACGAGAAAUCUUAGAAGCAGGAGUUGAUCCAACCAAUCUUUUUAAUCUUGAAGCAGUCGUCUUUGGGUCUGAUGAUUUCUUUGCAAAUAUUGGAGCAACAAGAACCAAGGAUGCAAAAGAACUGAUGUUUGCUCGUCAAUCUAUCGUCAUACAUUGUAAAGCGUUUGGGCUGCAGGCAAUUGACAUGGUUCAUAUUGGUUUUAAAGAUCUAGAGAGACUUGAAGAGGAAUCCAUAGAAGGGGCUAAGAUGGGAUUUACAGGAAAACAAGUCAUCCAUCCCAGUCAGGUUGAUAUUGUUAACAAAGCAUUUUCACCAUCACCAGAGAAGAUUGAGUGGGCAAAGGAGCUGGUUGGAGCAUUUGAACAACAGUCUAGUGAAGGAAUUGGAGCGAUCACAUUCCGUGGUCAAAUGAUUGACAUGCCGUUGGUGAAGCAAGCCUUCAACGUUCUAAAAUUGGCAAAAGCAAUCACGAAGUAGAUUUUAAAUGGAUGUAUUUUCUUUCCAAGCUUCUGGUUUAACAUUGUGCCAAUGUUAAGAACUCCAUUUCUUUCAACGUGUUCUUGAACUUCAUUGAUGUCUUCCUGCCU